AAUACACUAAAUGAUAAGGAUUUUAUAACUAUAAGGCGAAGUUAAAACAUGACUGUGAUAAUGAAGACUCAUUUAUUAGUUUAUCUUGUUUUUGGAAAUUAUAUAUGUUUUGCUAAAGAUUGUCCGGACAUGUGGACAGUUGAUGGAAACUCGUGCUACCUAUUUGGCCACCAGAAACUUUCGUUCUUUUCGGCGGAGAGCUACUGCAAUCAGCACAAGGCAUACCUCGUACAUAUAAACGAUGCAACUGAAGAUUCAUUUAUCAGGGAACACCUAAGGGACAUGAAAGGAUUAAGCUGGUGGAUUGGUCUUACAGAUGAUGACAUAGAAAAUACAUGGAAAUUGUAUGGAACAAACGAGAUAGCUGACUUUACGAAUUGGGCUCCAGGUCAACCAAACGAUUAUGGAAGUAAUGAAGAUUGUGCAGUAUUUGAAAUGACUCCUGGAUAUGGCGAAAAGUGGAAUGACGCACCUUGCAGCACACUUCUCUUGCCUAUAUGCGAAAGACCAUUUGACGUUUCGGGCAGUAGUAUAAUUGGCUAAACUUGUGUUUGGCAAUUUAGCUUUUCGUGUGGUUUUCUUCGAUAGUGCGUGUUUGUGACAUACC